GCCCACUGGAUCACAGAGAACAGAAAUCUAUUCUGGAACAAAGAAGGCGAUCUAAGCUCUCCACCACGGCAACUAAUGGCAGGAAGUGAAAAAAAAAUCGGAGCAGGUUGCGCAGCUGAGAACAUUUCGGAAUAUUAGGACGCUAAAUUGGGGGCGCUAGAUGGUCCUUCCAAUGACGUGCAUAAAGAAGGGUGACCUGAAGUAAACCACAGCCCUCCACCCCCAAUCACACCGGAGAUGGACACGGGACGACGUGGACAGUCUCCUCUGUGGUGGCCCCUGCUGUUUCUUCUCUCUCUGUCUUCACAGCUCCUUUCCCAGGCUCCUCUCUACGAUGAAGAAGAGAUGCCCGCGUUGCCGCCCUCACCAGGUGAUCCGAGGGGAGCGUGCCCUGCUCAGUGUGACUGUCCCACGUCAGAGGCAGUGGAGUGCGGGGGGGUGGACCUGACGGCCUUCCCGUCUAAUCUGUCCAACUCCAUCCAGCACCUCUCACUUCAGAACAAUCGCCUUGAAGAGAUUCCCUAUGAUGAGCUGUCCAGGCUGACCGAACUGAAGACGCUGAACCUGCACAACAACCGACUCUCCUCGGCAGGUCUGCCAGAUGAAGCCCUCCUCUCCUUAGGAAACCUGCAGUAUAUCUAUCUGGCAAGCAACAGGCUGACCGUAGCGCCUCGCAUUCUCCCUCGGGCACUGAGAAUCGUCGACAUGGCUGCCAACACACUGGAGGAGAUCUUUCCGCUGACUUUUGGAGAGAAACCCCAUCUAAAGUCUGUCUACCUUCACGAUAACAAGCUGCAGAACUCAGGUCUCCCAGAUUCAUUGUUCAAUGGCUCGGAUUCUGUCUCCACCCUGAUCUUGUCCAAUAAUUUGCUCUCCGUGGCCCCCCGCUACCUCCCCCUCGGACUGAACAGGCUGCACCUACAGAACAAUCAAAUCUCUUGGAUUCCCAAAGAGACCUUCUCACAGCAACUGCAGCUGAGGGAGCUUUACCUGCAGAACAACCGCCUGACUGACCCUGGGCUCGAGCCCAGCACAUUCAGCAAAUUACGAAGCCUGGAAUACCUGGAUCUCUCGAUGAACAACCUCACUCACAUCCCGGAGGGGCUCCCUGCCAACAUUGUCAUCCUUCACCUCGGAAAGAAUCGGAUCAGCUCCGUGUCAGAGGCCGGGGUAAGUGGGAUCCGCAACCUCGAGUACCUUCUACUGCAGAACAACGUCCUGACGGCCGACUCCAUCCACCACGAGGCCUUCAGCAAGCUGCGCAAACUGCACACGCUGCACAUCUACAACAACCACCUGGAACACGUGCCCUCCAGCCUACCCCGCCGGGUCCGAUCCCUCAUGAUGCUCAACAACCGCAUCUCUGAGCUCAGGUUCAACGACCUGGUGACCACCUACUACCUGAACGAGCUCAACCUCAGCUACAACCGCCUGCGGAGCUCCGGGAUUCAUCGCCUGGCCUUCCGCAAGCUACGUCGCCUUGAGCAAUUAGACUUGUCUGGCAACUUUCUCACCGUCGUGCCGCAGGGCCUGCCAUCUGGGCUUAAGGUGCUGCGUCUUCAUGGAAACCGAAUUGAUAAGCUGGCUGAGGAGGCGCUGUCAGGACUUGGCAGUCUAACCGAGCUCCACCUGGGAGAAAACAGACUGCACGGAGCGGGCAUCACGCCAGCGAGCUGGAAAGAAGUGCCAGUGCUGCAGCUGCUGGACCUCUCUGGUAAUCAGCUGACCCAGGUGCCCCCCAAUCUCCCAGAAUCCCUGGAGUACCUGCACAUACAGGACAACCUGAUCAGCAGCAUCCCAGCUGAAGCGUUCGCCUCGACUCCCAAUCUCCGCGGACUGUUCAUGAGGUCCAACAAACUGGUGACACUGGGCAUAUCAGACAAGGCCUUUAGAAACCUGAAGCAUCUGCAAGUGGUGGACAUGACUGGAAACCCGGAGGCCAUCAGCAUUCAUCUGCCAGUCUUAGAGGACACGGCUACGGAGCCCACCGGGGAGGCCACGGACAGCUUCACUCACGAAGACGCUUCACGUUUAGAAACCAACGAAACCAUCUGAGCGGCGGACGACGACCCGCGGAGAGAAUGAAGCAGAAGUCGUAAAAGAAACAAACGCGACCAACACACCAGGCGUAAGAGGAAGAGAGGAAGAAGAGGAAGCCCCCUGUGCCGCCCCAUUUUAACAUGGAAUGUCCGCUUUACGUUUUCUUGUUCAUUUUUCUCAUUUGAAGGCACUCGAUGUGAAAUGUGGCACAAGCCGCUGUGCCCACUGCACUCUUCUGUCUCUGUCUGCAGUUGGGGGGUGGAGGUUGGCAGCAGGUGAUGCCCGCCUCUUCCCCCCCUCCCAGGGUUCAAAGUGACUUGACAUUCUUGAUGGUCCACAUGCCAGCUGAGGAGAUGUGAAGAAGUGUGCAAAGCUGCACACGGUGCCCACUUUAUCAUUCUUCAAGUCACUUUGGAUCAAAGGGUCAGCUAAAAUAAAUUAAUGCCAGUUCAAAA